CUUGAUUCUCAAAGUUAAAUAUACGCCGACCAGCACCGUUAACGGUCGAGAAACUGGUGUUGACUGAGAAACAUUGCGACCGUUUAAAGUCACAUGUGCAAUUCCAUUUUUAAAUUCUCGUUGAAGAGGAUUGUACUAGUAUUAAUUUAAUGUAUAUUUUAAUAAAAAUUUAACAAUGUAUUGUGAGUGUCCAGAGUUUAAAAGAUGCUGUUUCUGUUUGCCUCUCAGGAAAGGAGUCCUAUUUGUGGGAUAUUUUAUUAUUUUUUCAAAUACGCUCUCAAUAAUUUUCAACAGUCUUGCCUUAUCCGGCAACACAGAUGUCUUUCCGUUUCAUACGUCGGGAUUCACGUAUAUUGAGACAGAACUCGCCUUUAUAAUAUCCAUAGUACUGUAUAGUAUAGAGAUAUUAUUUAAUAUAUUAUUGGUUUACGGAAGUCAUCAGAAUAAAAUAAAAUAUGUAAGAAUAUAUUUCUACUUUACACUGGCAACAACGGCGGUUGUUUUUGUGCAACAAAUAAUUGAGAUGACAUUGAUCAGAUAUUCAGUUCUUAUUGUGCAUUCAGUACUGCUUUUUAUUUGUUAUAUGAUGCUUCAUGUAUACAUAAUAUUGCUGGUAAGAAGCUUAUUAAAGAAGAUGGAAAUAUCUAAUCAGCACUCGUAUGAUAAUCAGCUGCACCAAAUCGUCUCUGGAGAUAUAAAGAUGGAUAGUCCGCCAUAUUGCCCCACCGUAAUUCCUUAUGAGAAUUGCUGAAAAAUUUUUGUCCGUCUCUAAUACGAGCAAAUGAUUUCAAUUAAUGUUAAUACAUAUUUUAAGAUUUUGUCUCAUAACGUGCGCCACUAUAAUCCUUUUGAAUUAAGAAAAGAAUAUGAUAAGAUUGAAGAAAGAAAUACACAAUACGCGUAAGACUCCAUUGAAGCAAGCCCAUUUGAUAUUAAAUAAAAUACUAAUUAUCUCAAUAAAUUGUAAUUUAAGUAAUAUGCCUGUUAUUAUAAAUGGGAAAUUAUAUUUCUAAAAUAAAUGCAAUUUUCUUUUCAAUAUCUUAUAGAUAAUAACUUACAUUGUAUUUUUUUCUUAAAUAUUUACCUGUAGGAAUAGAUUUAAAAAAUAACAAAGACUGAUGAUGUGUUGACAAGAUUGGUGAUAAUUAUGUAAUUAAUAUUUUACAAUAACUAAAAAUAUAUAUUUUUUAAAAUAACAAACUA